AUGCAAUCUCUAUCUAAAUUCAAGAGUAUUGCAAUAACGUGUGUUGGUAAUAGAUACAUUGGUCGUUGUGCUUUGAAUACUACUAUUAGUAAUAGUACUAGUAGUAUAUCUACUACAAACAACAACUACUACUACAAUAUAAAUAGAUCAUUUUCAACUACUCCAAAUAAUCAUACAACAAAUACAAAUAAUAAUAACAAUAAUAGUCAAGUCGGAUCAUCAUCGACUUCAUCAUCAUCAUCAUCAAAGAGACAAAAUGAAAUAGACUUUUUUAAUACAAUGGCAAAGGAUUGGUGGAAUGAAGAAGGAGAGAUGAAACCACUACACAAAAUGAAUCCUGUACGUGUACAAUACAUUGUCGAAAAACUAAAAGAGGUUGGUGCGAUUAAUGGAGGAGGAGGAGGAGGUGAUGUUGCUACUGCUGCCGCUGCUGCAUCAUCACCAUUAAAAGGAUUAAAGAUAAUUGAUGUUGGAUGUGGUGCUGGUUUGUUGACAGAGUCAUUGUGUCGAUUAGGUGCAUCUGUGGUUGGUGUAGACGCUGCUCAACAAAAUAUAAAGAUGGCCAUUGCUCAUGCCAACCUCGAUCAAUUACUCCAACAAAAACUACAACUCCAACAACUCGAAUACAUAGAAUCAACCAUUGAAAAUCAUGUGGUCAAUGCCAACAACCCACAAUACGAUGUAGUAUGUUCAUUGGAAGUAGUUGAACAUGUAGACAAUGUACCAGAAUUUAUUUCAAAUUUAACUAAAAUAUUAAAGCCAGGAGGUAGUUUAUUUAUAUCAACUAUUAACCGUACACCAUUAUCAUGGUUGUUGACUAUAGUAGGAGCUGAAUAUCUACUCAGAAUAGUACCAGUAAACACUCAUCAUCAUAAUCAAUUCGUCAUGCCAACCGAGCUGAGACAAUACAUUGAAUCAUCAGACUCUGCCAUGAGACUACUCGACCAAAAGGGUCUUUUUUACAAUCCAAUCACCUGUAAUUGGUCAAUAAUGGAUGACACCAAAGUUAAUUAUAUUAUUCAUGCAAUUAAAUUAAAAUAA